CAUCAUCGGAGGGACCCUUGCAGCUGCAAUUUCCAACGGCUCGUUCGCUCCGCUAUAUUAAAACGUUGUCUGAGUGACACCUGCAGUCUUUCUUUCUCAACCUUCUCUUUUUCCGAUUAUCCAUCCAACUGGCUGGGGUUGAACCAUGCCGUCCAUCCCACCAUCUCCCCUGAGACUGUCUCACCGCCAUCAUCCGUCCCAAUCUAGCAUCGACUUUGACCCUAUUUCUCCAGGCACAUAUGCUCCAAAUGGCUUCUCUCAUAGCCCUCCAAGGUCGCCUAUGUCCCCUCGCUUUUCAGCCUCGUCAUCGCCGGCCCGCGGACACCAUGCGCAAAGCAUAAACGGAUCUCAUUAUAGAAUGUCGGGUGACUUUGGCAGUGCUGCGGAUAUGGGUGGGGGUGGCUUGGGAAACCUUGCAGACGAACUGGCUGAUGCUUGGGAGCAGGAGGAGGGCGGCUAUGGGUAUACGUCAGGACAGGAGGUCGAACAUAUCCCUGCCGAUUCGCAACAUAUGGAUCGCAGCGACUCAGAGGACGGCUAUCACAUGGGAACCAGGACACCGUCGUCAGGUUACUCGUCCGAGCGUGCUUCCCUGCAGCCUCCAAAACCCAAGACUCGGAAUGGUGGUCAUCGACAUCGCCGAACCGAAUCACAAUAUGACGGUUCAGACUACGGCCCUGACUCGGACCUGGAGGAAGCGGCGGACAUCUCGCCAAGUCUAGAGAUGCAGAUGGCGGAGGUUGAGAGCUUGGCUCGGCGGGGAUUGGAAAACAAUGGGAGUGAAAGUGAUCACGCCAUUGCUCGCGUUGUUGAAGCACUUCGGGAUCUUGGUGGACAGAGUGGGAUCGAAAACAAUGCUAUGAGACUUAUCACAGCACACUCUUCCAUUACUUCACAUCUCACCCACCAAACUCGGACUCUCCAAACACUCACCCACCCUCUCCUUUUCUCUCCUUUCCCUCUUCUCUCCGAAGAUGCUAUAGAUUCCCUCAUCCCUCUGAUCGACGACGAGCUCUUACCCAACCUCCCUUAUCCUUUCCCGGUCCAAUCCCGUCACUCAUCAGGACCCUCAACACCCUCUCACUCACCCGCUCUUAACCCGCUCUAUUCCCUCCAAUCACUCGUUUCGCAAACAUCCGAAAUCACACUCUCUUUACAAAGCUUAAGCGAUACGCUUUACGAAUCGCGCCAGCUAACAGCCACCGCCUCUCGAAGACUCCGAUCCGCGCGCGAACUGGUCUCCGAACUCCGCCGUGAAGAAGAAAGUCGCGAAGAGGGCACCCGGUGGAUUGAGAAAGGCGAUUGGGAUCGCCGUCUUCGAGACCGGGAAGCCGGGCGCGAGUGCGGAGACGUUGUCAGCGGCUUCGAAGCCGUCUGCGGAGAAUGGAGGGAGAGACUCUUCGGAGCUGCCGGCGCAGAAGCCGCCACUGCCGCUGCUUGAAACCAAACUCACGAACGGAAAUUCUCACGAUAACAUCGCCUCAGCAUAUGAAUGAUCCGCGCAAUAUUAGAGGCUGCGACAUACCCCUUUUUACUUUGACUUUGACUCUUCCUUUCCAAGUAUAUAGAUCUUCAUUCACGUCGUGCACUUAUUCCUUUGUUCUGAACCUAUUCUCAACAUAAAUACUACACGAGACAACCAGACAUACAUACAUACACCCUAUCUAUCUCCUUUUUUGAAGUACUUACCCUGCCAAUCGCGGCCCAUUAGAUACGACAUCUUAACCAAU